AUGGUGUCAGUCACAUUCAAGCAGAAGAGACAGCGCAAGGAGGCCGUCGACGUGACCGUUCCCCUUCCACCCGAUGAGAUCCAACUGACUGACCAUCACGAGGAAGCCCUCCUCUUCGUGGCAAUGGCAGCACAUGACCAGGAGGCUCAGAAACCGCCACUUGCCGGUUCCUCUGGCACAUGCGGUGGGUCGAUCGGCGUAUGAGAGUGGCCCUGUAGCAGCGGGCCGGGGAGGGGGAGGCGGGCGUGAGAGAGAGGAGCAAGACAGCAUGGCUGGUGGUGGGCCCCCCAUCGCCCGACGGGCAUUGCCGACGGCCGCUGCGGCUGCGGCAGGGGCACUGCACCGUCGUCACCAAACCUACCGAGUAAAGCACAUGGGCGAGUACAUACCAGGCGUCAGUCACGAGCAUUUAUGUAUUUGUGUGUAUGUCUUGUUGGGAUUGCGUCAGUGACCUCUGACAAGCAUGAGGAUGGCGUCGGUGGAGAGGAGGGUAUGCAGCCAGCAAAGGAAACAAGUAUCCAUGGCUGGCCUCGUGCACAUUGCUCUGUGUCUGUGUCUGUGUGUGUGUGUGUGCGAGUGUCAGACACGGUGGCCAUGGGUGGAGAUGCGCAGCUGAACAGCGUGGAGAAAGACUGCCGUCAGUCCUUCAUGGACGAAUACGCCGAAGACAUCCCCCUCCACUACGCCCACAGCGCCACAUUCAAGCACAACACACGCUGCGGUCGACUCGGUGAGGACGCCGUCGACGUGACCAUUCACAGAGACAACCGCGCCAUCAUCCACCUGACCAUCACGAAGAAGCCCUCCUCUUCGUGGCAAUGGCAGCACAUGACCGCGGCGCUCAAAAACCGCGGUGUCAAUGUUCCUCUCGCCGACGAGAUCCGAAAGAGGGAGCCCAACCGCGGCAGUGUGCGUCGACGUGAGGCAGCCGCUGAGCACGGGGGUGGAUCGUCAAAGCAGAGGCGCCUCACGUAUGGGCGGGAGAUGGGGGCAGGGGAUGUAGCUGGUGCGUCUGGCGAUGGUGGGUUGCCGAAACGCCGACGCUCUCAGAGAGCGUCGGCGAGGGCAGCUGCAGCGGCUUUGAAGUCCAUUGCGGCAUGUAAGGCAGGCAUGUGUGACACAUACAGACAUGGCCAUGUAUCUGCAGUUCUUGUCUGCGCCUCUGUGCCUCUGUGUGGUUGCGUCAGCUCCUCGUGAGCAUGAGGGCGAUGAAAGCGACGCGACGAUGGACGACGCCCCAGAUGAGAGUACGUAUGGCUGCUGCACCAAUCACAUCCUCUGUCGUGUGAAUGGUUGUGUGGUGUGGUGCGGUGUGGUGCGGUGUGGCGUGGCGUGUCAGAUGUGCCUCGUGGUUGCUCCUCAGCUGCUGCUGGACCAGGCGCGGCGGCUGCUGCUGCUGCUGCAGCUGCUGCUGUUGCUGCAUCAUCGGGCUCGGCUGUCGAGUCGUGCAAGCGCGACUUCAUGCUCAUGAGGGCCGACCCCAAGACCAUAUUCUCACGUCUGCCAGAGGGCGUCAAGACCAGCUUCGCCCUCUGCGGCACCGACCUCGUCACCGUGACUAUUGGCCCCUUCCAGGAUGCGUGUGGUGGCGACUACUACGUGCAGGGCACAGCGACGCCACGCCGGAGGGGCAAGCAGGGGUGGAGCUUUUCCCAGGACCUCAGGAAGAUAGAGCUUUUCCGUCCCCACCCGGAGAGCUACCACUUCAUUGAGGGGCCGGGGGGGAUACGCAUCAUCGUGGGCCGGAGGGAGCACGGCCACGGUAACGACAACCCAACAGACACAGACGGAUGAAUCAAGGGGCGGGUGGGGUGGUGUCUGUUGGUUGUGCAGGAGGCGGGGAGGGAGAGCCAGCGGCAAAGCAAGGCCAUGGGGAUAUAAGAGCUGCUGGUGUGCGUGGCGGCGGUGAUCUGCAUCCGUUCGCUCGCCCGAUGGCGCCGCUGCGCGGUCCCCACCCGCCACUCCGACCACCAUUCUGCGGUACGCCGACGCACAAACACCAACGACCAUCCCAUCCCAUCCCACCGAUGGUUUUCUCUGCUCUCCGUUCGUUUCGUGGAAAGGUCGGCCCGUGACGAACAGGGCUUGGCCAUCCACUGCGGCAGGUCAACCUGCUGCCGAUGCAGCUCUCGUUCAGUCUGGUCGAAACGCGGCAGCGUUCGCCCUCUCAACGCCCCUGGUGCUCGCCCCUCACUGCCGGGACGCCUCGCCAACCUAUUGGCAGGUGAGCCGACUGCAGCAGUGGGUGUGUGUGUGGGUGUGCAGCUGACUGAGUAGACUCUCUGUGUUUGAUGUCUGCUGCUGCCUCUCAGGCGGUCGCAUCCGUCACAACAUGGCUGCGCCGCCUCCCCCACCAGCACCUGUUCCACCCCUGGAUCCCCGCCCUCCAGCCCACUCCGCCCAUGAUGCGGCCGGCCCCCAGCACUCAUUCCCCCAUUGCUCCAGCCACCACCGGCAGUGGACCAGACAGCACAGCAACAGCCCCGGCCAAUAGAUCAGCAAGAGGACUACCCGAUGAAGGAGGAGCAUUCGAUAGACGGCCAGCAAGCAGGGGAUCCGCAGCUCCAGAAUGA